AUGCCUCCUAAGAUGCCGCCUAAGAAUAGAAAAUAUGAAUGUGGAAAUGAUAAGCGUAAGAAAAAGAAAAAAAUUGAAGAGUUAAUUCAAUCUCAAGUAGGAGCACUUGAUAAAUUUUUAAUAAAGGAAUCACAAGUUCUAAAUGAAAGUCAUUCUGUUGAUCAUAUUGAUACUGAAAUUCCUGAUAAUGUGUCCAUUGAAAAUGAUAAUGUUGAUAGUGUUCCCAUUGAAAAUGAUAAUGUUGAUAGUGUUCCCAUUGAAAAUGAUAAUGAUGAUAAUGUUGAUUAUGAUAUAUUUGAUCCAAGAAAUUGGGACCGUCUUCAACCUAAACUGAUUGAUUUAUUAGUUGCGAAAGAUCCUAAAAGAUAUAAUUCCAUUGUGAAGGGUCCUAGAGAUAAUUGGAAUAAACGCUUUACGGCUAAUUUGUAUACUAGAGCUUUAGCAAAUGGAGAGAAGUGUGAUAGAGAUUGGCUUGUCUAUUCGAAAGAGCUUGAUAGAGUAUUUUGUUUUUGUUGUAAAGUUUUAAAAAAUGGGAUUGGUAGGGGACAAUUAGCAAAUGAGGGUUAUAAUGAUUGGUCACAUGUUGGUGCAAGAAUUAAAGAGCAUGAGUUAGGCAUGGAACAUGUUAAAAAUAUGACUACUUGGUAUGAGUAUCGUCAAAGGCUGCAGAAAUUCCAAACUAUUGAUAAAACGACUCAAAGAAUAAUUGAGAAAGAAAAGGAUCAUUGGAAAAAUGUUUUAAAAAGAGUUAUUUCAAUACUGAAAUUUCUUGCAAAACAUAAUUUGGCCUUCCGUGGUUUUGAAUUUGACCCAAUUAUCCAAGAACAUGUUAGACGUGUUACAACUCAAGAAGUUCACGUUCAUUAUCUUGGGCAUAAAAUACAAAAUGAGUUGAUUUCAUUGCUUGGUUCUGCAAUUAAAUUUGAAAUCAUUAGAAAAAUCAAACAAGCAAAGUAUUUCUCAGUGAUACUUGAUUGUACUCCGGAUGUUAGUCACAAAGAGCAAAUGUCUUUGAUAAUAAGAUAUGUGGACGUAUCUUCAACUUCUGUUAGCAUCGAGGAAUCAUUUUUAGGAUUUUUGAAUGUGAAUGAUACAACUGGUCAAAGGCUUUUUGAUGUAUUACAAAAUGAAUUGAAAUAA